ACGUCCUGACCUGUUUGUUUGAGGCAAGUGGCGAGGGGCGGCGGAGCCGAGUGGCCGCCGCCGCAGCGAACCGUCGCAGCAUACCAAAGCUGGCUGCGCUUCUUUAUUAACCUACUCAUUUAGUGCGAAGUAACGGAGCAAAAACCAGCGGCGCAGCGACCACACCCAAAGCCCACAGCUUUCCUCCCCCUCCCCUCCUCCCCGGCGCGGCGGCGCCACCCAGCAAGCCACCAGACUUAGCUCCCACCACCACCGUCCCGGCAUGGCGGCGCUGUCCCGCGCGGCCUCCUCCGCGAUCCGGCGCCCGCUGCCGAGGCUGCAGCUGCAGGCGAGGGCGAUGGCGUCGUCGCUGUUCGGCCACGUCGAGCCGGCGCCCAAGGACCCCAUCCUCGGCGUCACCGAGGCCUUCCUCGCCGACCCCUCGCCCGACAAGGUCAACGUCGGCGUCGGCGCCUACCGGGACGACAACGGCCAGCCCGUCGUGCUCGACUGCGUGCGCGAGGCCGAGCGCCGGAUCGCCGGCAACCUCAACAUGGAGUACCUUCCAAUGGGAGGUAGUAUAAAGAUGAUCGAAGAAUCGCUGAAGCUGGCGUACGGAGAGGACUCUGAGUUCAUCAAAGAUAAGAGGAUCGCUGCAGUGCAGGCGCUUUCGGGCACUGGUGCCUGCCGGCUCUUUGCUGAUUUUCAGAAGCGUUUCUUGCCGGAUUCGCAGAUCUACAUACCUACACCAACGUGGUCCAACCAUCACAAUAUUUGGAGGGAUGCUCAAGUGCCACAGAAGACAUUCACAUACUACCAUCCAGAGUCGAGAGGGCUUGAUUUUUCAGGAUUGAUGAAUGAUAUCAAGAAUGCUCCAGAUGGUUCAUUCUUUUUGCUCCAUGCAUGUGCUCAUAACCCUACUGGUGUAGAUCCUACAGAGGAACAAUGGAGAGAAAUAUCGCAUCAGUUCAAGGUGAAGAAACAUUUUCCAUUCUUUGACAUGGCUUACCAAGGGUUUGCCAGCGGUGAUCCAGAGAGAGAUGCCAAGGCAAUCCGAAUUUUCCUUGAAGAUGGACACCAAAUUGGAUGUGCUCAGUCAUAUGCAAAGAACAUGGGGCUUUAUGGACAGAGAGCAGGAUGCCUCAGUAUUUUGUGUGAGGAUGAGAUGCAAGCAGUUGCUGUCAAGAGCCAGCUGCAACAGAUUGCAAGACCAAUGUACAGCAACCCACCUGUUCAUGGUGCACUGGUUGUUUCUAUAAUCCUCAAUGAUCCAGAGCUGAAGAGUUUAUGGUUAAAAGAGGUCAAGGGUAUGGCUGAUCGUAUCAUUGGAAUGCGGAAGGCACUUAAGGAAAAUCUUGAAAACCUAGGUUCACCUUUGUCGUGGGAGCACAUUACUAAUCAGAUUGGAAUGUUCUGCUACAGUGGGAUGACACCUGAACAAGUUGACCGUUUGACAGAUGAAUAUCAUAUUUAUAUGACCCGCAAUGGGAGGAUAAGCAUGGCUGGUGUGACGACAGGAAAUGUUUCGUACUUGGCAAAUGCUAUUCAUGAGGUUACCAAAGCAAAUUGAGUAUCGUCCUACUACCCUCAUCAGCCAACGAAAUGAGGCUUCCAAGCAGCUUUUUUGGUUCCUGACAUAUUAACAUUAUCAUUCUCGAGAAUAAGUUGAGCCUGUUGGGGCUGUCCAACGGAGAAUUUCACAAGAAUGAGAACCAUAGAGUUCGAUCUGAUUUUGUUCAUUUCUUUUCCUUUUAUCCAUCUUCUCAUGACAAUUCUUAAACUAGCUGCAAAUGGCUGUAGCAUGAUUUAAGGUGUUAAUAAAAUAAAAGCGGUGGAAUUGAGAACUAUGGGUUUUCUUUCGUUCAGCUUGAUACCAUAGGAUGGGACCAUCCUGUCCCGGUGUUUCAGCUACUUUGGUUGGGGCGUUUCAGCUAGUCAGCUACUUUGGUUGCGAAAGGCUUGCCCUAAGCAUUUUUGUAAUUUGUAUUCUACUCGUAAUUGCUAUACUAAUCAGCUGG